CCCUCCCCCAUCCCAGGCUCCCACCGUUUUCACUUGGCCUCCCCGUCGCCCCCCUCUCCCUCCCACGCCGCCUGCGCUUGACUUGACCCGCGCCCCUCCUCGUCGUCGUUCGUCGGGGAGAGCGGGCUCGGGCCGCGUCGUUGUUGACGGACGGAGACCGCCCCGCCACCAUAAACCCUCCCCUCCCUUCCACCCCACCCGUCGUCGCCCCGCUCCUCCUGCUGCUCGUCCUGCCGCGCCAAGCAUUGGGGAUCUCGCGGCUCGUUCGUCCGGAGCCGCCGACGCCUGGGCCGGGGACCUAACCCUAGCCGCCGCUGACGCCGGAGGGAGCUGGGGCCGCGCGCGUCGGGACUGGACGGCGCGGGAGGUGGUUGUCGUGUUGCGGAUUGAAAGUACUCCGUGGUUUAAUGCUGAACCACUAAUUAAGAGGGCAAUCAUUUGACUAACAGCUGUCCGAUGCGGUGGAGUUCUUAAUUCGGAGAGACUUACUCAUGCUAAUCAGUAAAAGGAAGGUGGAGAUCUUUCUUGCUUUACUCAAGUGAAGACAUGCCCAAGACACCUCCUGUUAAAGCAAGCAAGAACAUUGAAUCGCAGAAACAAUCUGCACCAAACUUAACAGUAACAAAUGGACAUGCUGGUACGAAGGAAGUGGUCAAUGGUGAACGCCCUAUCAAGGAUGUGAAACGCACUAGCACUUGGAUCUGCAAAAAUUUAGCCUGUAAAGCUGCUAGACCAUCAGAAGAUUCAUUCUGCAAGAGGUGCUCAUGUUGUAUUUGUCACAAGUUUGAUGACAACAAGGAUCCUAGUCUAUGGUUAGUUUGUUCAUCUGAAAAUGAUAGCAAGAAUUGCUGUGGCUCAUCUUGUCAUAUUGAAUGUGCUUUCCGACACAAGAGGGUAGGAUGCUUUGAUCUGGAGCAAAUUAUACAUCUCGACGGGAGUUAUUCUUGUGCUUCAUGUGGAAAGAUUUCUGGAAUACUAGGCAGAUAUUGGAAAAGGCAAUUAGUAAUUGGAAAAGAUGCUCGCCGAGUUGAUAAUCUCUGCCAACGUAUUUAUUUGAGCUAUAGGCUAUUGGAGGGAACUAGCCAUUUUAACGAACUGCAUGCCAUUGUUGAAGCUGCCAAAGCAAAAUUGGAAAGUGAGGUUGGCCCACUUGAUGGAAUGUCAGCAAAGAAUGCACGUGGUAUCGUAAGCAGGUUCUCAGCUGGUAUUGAUGUGCAGAAACUAUGCUCUACAGCAAUUCAAAGAGCUGAUGAGUUGUUGAGUUCUCCUGACCUGCAUCUUCGAGAUUCAUUACCUGCUGCCUGUAGAUUCAAAUUUGUAGACAUAACGUCUUCUUCAGUUGUUGUCAUUUUGAAAGAAACCUCAUCAUCUGACAUAAUUAAAGGUUAUAAGCUAUGGUACUGGAAUAGCAGAGAGCAACCAAGUGUGGAAAAGCCUGUGGUUCUGCCCAAAGAUGAAAGAAAAAUAUUAGUUUUUAACCUAUCCCCAUGCACAGAGUAUUGUUUCAGAGCUAUAUCAUUCACCGAGGAUGGGGUACUUGGCCAUUCAGAAUCUAGGUGCCGUACCAAUAGCAAGGAGAUAUUUUUCAAGCGUGCUACACAGAAUGCAGGAGGCACACAUAUACAAAAAAGAGACAGAAGUCAGUCUUUUAAGUCAACUGGAUUCAAGAUUGGAGGUCUUUGGAAGAGUAUGCAGGAAACUUGGGGUGAAGAGGGCUGUUUUGAAGGGUUUUGUGAAGAUACACAUGAAGGUUCAUGGAGCAGAAGUGCCACAGACACAGAGUUCUCUGGUGCUUGUCGCAAACUUCAUUUCAACGCGUCUUCUGUUCCUGACCUAAAUGUUGAGGUGCCUGCGCCCAUGGACUACACCACUGAGAAGCAUUAUCAUUCAAAGAAGGCACUUGUAAGAUCAAAUGACAGUGGUGACUCUGAAACCUGCGCAGUUGGCCGGAGUGCAGAACCACCUGCUGUUGAAUCUCGGCCAGUAGGCAAGGUGAAUAGCGCACUCAUUGAUAGAUGUGAGCAGAAUGGUGCUUCUGCUAUUUGUCGUGAAAAACAGCUUUCUGGAACGACAAGGCAGUUGGAUGGGAGUUAUGAGCAUUGUGUGAAGGUAAUUAGGCAGUUGGAGUGUGAUGGACACAUUGAGAACGGUUUCAGGAUGAAGUUUUUGACUUGGUAUAGUCUAAGAUCGACAGACCAGGAGCGCAGGGCUGUGACCACAUUCAUCAAGACACUAAGUGAAGAACCAAGCAGCCUGGCCGAGCAGCUCACCGAUUCUUUUGGAGAAAUCAUAAACUGCAAGAAGUCGAGAACCGGUUUCUGCAACAAGCUAUGGCAUUAGGACAAAAGGAUGAAAAUCAAGAUAUUGCUAACUCACUGAUUAUCUGAAUUUUUCCCAGAUCAGUGCAGUAAAAUCUAGUUUAUUCCACCAAUUUGACAGCAACAAAAAGGAGCGUUGGCAAAAAUAGGAAAUUAUUUUAGGCAGCAAAUAGCUUGCACUGAAAUAAUUCUUUUUUUCCAUCAGGAAGUAGUGGAAACUUAUUUUUCAUUGGAUUACUGGGUGAGUCCUGGAAUUGUUGUAGAAUGUUCUCUUGUUAUCUGUUGUAGCUCCGUGGAGAAAUUUUUGGAGAUGGUUCAUUGACUAGUCUGGUCAUAUCAUCGUAAAUGGAAUUCGAUUGGUAUAAAUUGUUGAUUUA